UCUUUGAAGCCAUCUCUGGGAAGAUGAAGCUUCCAGUAGCAGCGGUCUGGUUUGGAACCCGCUUGUUUUAAGAGUACCUGGGAAUUUCUACCCAAAUUUGCCUUUCCAGCGUAAAUUAUUGGACAAUGAGUUAUUUUUAUUUUUUGCAUAUUUUCAUGCUACAUAACCAUUUUUCUUCCUUCUCAUUUUGUUCAAUGGGAAAAACUUGAGCCAGUUGUGUAGCUCAUUCUUACUUUGCCACAUUUCUCUUGCUGAGCCAAAGUCCACAGCACAUCUAUUUUUGUGUGCUGGUUGCUGUUUGGGUUUUUUUUUUCUUUAUAUGACAUACGCCACUUCUUGAGUGCUUUUAACUCUUUCACAUUCAACCUGUCCUUCUGCAUUGCUGAAUAGGCGUAGAAUCACUCAAGGAAUUAAAUAAUUUCAGACUUGCAGAAGAUGACUCAUAUGCUUCAGAAACAUUUUUAUGGCUGUGCUUGGCUCAUUUGUACAGGAGUUUAACAGUAGUAAUAUGAGGUAUUGCAUUAACUGUUGCAUACAUUUAUUACCAAAUGACUUGCACAGACAGUGUUUCAGAUGCCGUGGACCCAACCAUAAUAACCAGAAGUGUCCUGUUUGCAGAGGGGGAAAUAAGAUCCCUUUGUACGCCGACAGCAAGCAGAUGAAGUUGCUUGCAGUUUUGGAAGUAAGGACUGAUCACGGCGAAAGCUGGAAUGGAUUUUUCUGCUUGAGGAAGGGGAAGCUAUGCAGCUUAAUAUUUGGGCUGAUUAUAAUGACUCUAGUGAUGGCAUCCUAUGUACUGACUGGAGCCAAACAUGGCCUGUUGUUAAUACCAUCUCCCUUCCAUUACGGAGCUUUUACUAGCAAUCCCAGCUUAAUGGACAAUGAAAGCCUUAGUGACAUGAAAGACCAUUACCAGCCUUCUAAAAUGAAUAUUUCAUAUGUAAAGGAUUAUCCAAGCAUUAAAUUAAUUAUUGACACUAUUACUUCAAAGAUAGAGUUUAUAACGAGACAGCGCCCUGAUUUAGAAGAGCUGAGGAAACAAGAGCCACAUAUGUUUUCAGUAAUUCCUAAUAAAUUCCUUCCAAAUAGCAAGAAUCCUUGUUGGUAUGAAGAGUACCGAGGAAACACAACCACCGACCCUUAUGCAACAAACUCCUAUGCACUGUAUUCAAAGCGCUUUCGGACCAUAUUCGAUUACCUCAGGAAGGUAUUUUGGAACCACUUGUACCAUUAUAAGGACAAACACUACCGCCUGCGCUGUCUCCCCCAUUUCUACAUCAUUGGUCAGCCCAAGUGCGGGACGACGGACCUGUACGACCGGCUCAGGCUGCACCCCGACGUUCGGUUCUCAGCAAUCAAAGAGCCACACUGGUGGACAAGAAAACGGUUUG